GUUUUGCAGAGAUGCUAUUCUGAGCCAAAGCCAAUCGGUAUUGGGUUAGCUGAGCCCGACAAACACAUCCACACACAUCUACAGCUCUUCCGAAGGACAAAAGAAACAUCAGCUUUGCAAACUAGGCGGCUGCAGCCCUUUUGGGCCUACGGAUCAAAGGGCUUUUUUGCGCAUCGCUUGGUUAAAACCCUGAUCGCUCCGGAUGCUGGAUUGAAUCGCCGUCUCACCGAUUGAUUUAGUCGGCCUGAACGGAGACUCCCCCGCCCCCGUGCCCUGGGGGCUUAUGGGCUAUGGGAAGGCUGCCAGAGCUGCGGAUUUAGGCUGCAGGUGAGGACAGGUGUGGGCUGGCGGUUGUGGUGCAGGAGCGCGGGGAUGGAGAGCCGGCGAGAGCAUCAUUUGCAGAUCUGAAUAGAUGUCUUUACCGAUUGACCUCUCCGUAGCAAUGUGGACGCUCGGACUUGGAGCCAUCGGGGCUGCUGUAACAGGGAUGAUCCUCGCCAACACGGAUUUGUUUCUCCCUAAAGCAGAAAUGGCCUCAAUGGACUUUCUAGAAGAAAUUGAUCUGAAGACUCUGGGCCAAGGAGAACAGAGAACAUUCAAAGCCAAGGAUCUGUGGAAGAUGAAGGGUGCGGUCAUCAUGGCGGUGAGGCGGCCUGGAUGAUUUUUGUGCAGAGAGGAGGCCUCUGAGCUGUCCUCUCUGAAACCCCAACUCGACCAGGUCGGGGUCCCUCUUUAUGCUGUGGUGAAAGAGAACAUUGGGACGGAGGUGGCAGACUUUCGGCCAUACUUCAAGGGAGAAAUAUUUCUGGAUGAAAAGAGAAAAUUCUACGGUCCUCAGAGAAGAACAAUGCUGCUCCUGGCUCUUUUCCGCUGGAACGUCUGGAGGAACUUCUGGCGUGCUUGGAGGAGCGGCUACACCGGCAACAUUGAUGGAGAAGGCGUGAUCCUGGGAGGGGUUUUUGUGAUCGGCCCAGGCAAACAGGGGAUUCUCUUGGAACACCGUGAGAAAGAAUUUGGAGAUAAAGUCAGCCAUGAUGCUGUCUUUGAUGCUGUUAAGAAGAUCAAAGCGCAACCUUCAGACCAUGGAGAAUAAAGCACCCUUUCUUUUUUUGUUGCAAAUGCUAAUGUUGCCACGCAAACGUGGGCCGUAUUUCUGCCAGGUUCUCAAUUUCUCCCAAAUACCCUCAUCAUAAAGUCCAGCUCCUAGUAGCUCUUUCCAUUUGCUCUUCAGACCACUGAUUCCUUCUGUCUUUGUUCUACUGGGUCAAUGAAAGGCCAGAUCUGAAAUUUGAAGAUCUGACCAAGAUCCUUUCCAGUUGGAACAAAACAUUCAGGUGCAUCAGGGUAUCGGGGAUGAUGGAAAGCUUAAUAAACAUUGUUUGGAAGUUUAAA